AUGCGUCCCUCGGCCGUGAGUCCAAUGCACAGAACUACCUCGCUGGACUAUGGAGUGGUCUUGGAGGGAGAGGUUGAGCUGAUCCUGGAUUCCGGGGAGACCCGUCUGAUGAAGCGUGGCGACGUCUCUAUCCAACGGGGCACGAACCAUGCCUGGAGGAAUGUGACGCCUCCGGUGAAGGAUGAAAAUGGGAACUUGGUUCCACAAUGGGCACGUAUGCUGUAUGUUUUGCAGCCGGCGGAGGAGAUUGAGAUUGGGGGGAAGAAGCUGGGUGAGGAGCUGGGCGAUAUGGGUGUGAGACCAAGUACAUGA